AUGACGACAGCUUCAGAGCUUUUCUCUGAGGAUGCUCGGACGCGAUUUUCGCACACCAAAGCGUUGUUUGAGCAGUUGGAACGGCAACAAGAAGUGAUGGUUAUGAGGUCUCCGAGUUGUUUUGACCUUGUGAAAUGUGCGAUUCCCACAUUCUUCUGGACCAUCGGCCAAAGUAGCACGAAGUUACCACUACUUAUUCCCCUGGAAAUUCUAAUAUCCGGGUUACGGUGA